AAAGUUUUCCAAACGAAAACCACCAUCAACAAACGAGCCAUCUGCGAAAAUCUAGGAUGCAACGCUUCAUCAUCACAUUGGCUCUAUUGUGCGGUCUGAGCUCCGGUUGGGCUCUACGACCCGCACCAGCUGCUGGUGUAUCACCACCACCACCGGCCACGCUCACACAAGAUAUUGAGGAGUUGUAUCGUCUCAUACCAUCGAAACCGAUUAACAAAUUGGUCAUACGUUAUUUGCUCAACGAUGCUCAAUUCCAGGCCGCCAUACGUAUCAUUAAUUCGCACGAUGCCUACAUGGUGCGUAUGCGCCUCUACGCUCAACCGGAAAUCAUACAAUUCCAGUCGUGGGUACGCUCACAAUUGCUGUUGUCUGGCGGCGGUUCGUUGGAGCUCGAGGAGUCCGAGGAAAUAUUGAGUCUGUUUAGACCCACACCCUAUUGGUCCGUCUACGGUUGGCAAGGCUUCUUCAAUGAAUUCCUCGCAUACUUCCCACAUGAGAUGUUACGCGCCCAAAUCGAUGCUAAGGUGGCCUUGGGUGGCAGUCUCGCACAAUUUUGGGCUAGAUUGAAGGCUUUGGCACCGGUCUAUGAACGUGUGUUGGCCUUUCCCGAGUCGAAGCGCAUCGUUGCACAACUUGAACAGAAUGGCGUGAAUUUCGGACAAGUCGAUCAGUUUAUUCGCUCCUUGUUUGAUUGGUAUCCAGUUAUCGUGAAUGCUCCAGGUGCAGCUGUCGACGCUGCUGCUCCUCCCGCGCCCGCCAUUCCAGCGGCUCCCAAUGCUGUUGUGGUUUAAUAAUUGUCGAUGAACUUAAGCAGCUGUUGAUAAUCGAAUAAUCGCCAAAGCAAAACUAUGUUAUUUAUACCGAUUUAUUCCAUUAACGAAUGAUAUUAACGGUUUGUGUAUGUUAAAAACAUAACAAACAUUCUUGUACGAGUAUUUCAAUUGUUUGACUUUAAUUAAAAAAUAAGUGCUCAUAAA